AUGGGAGAAUCGUGGGGAGAGGAGGGUUUGGCACAGUUUACAGAGGGGUGUUACCUGACGGAAGAGAAGUCGCGGUGA